CACGCGGAGGCUCUUCCCGCCCGCGCUGCGCUAAUCGUGUGCGACGGGGUCGGAGCGGUGGUUGCGGAGGGCGCCGAGGAUGGCUCCCUCACCAACCAAACGCAAGGAUAGGUCUGAAGAGAAAUCAAAGGACCGAUCCAAGGACAAAGCAGCCACUAAGGAAUCUGGUGAAAAGGAUCGCGGUCGGGACAAGACGCGCAAAAGGCGCAGUGCUUCCAGUGGGAGUAGCAGCACCAGGUCCCGCUCCAGCUCCACUUCCAGCUCAGGAUCCAGUUCCAGCACUGGUUCCAGCAGUGGCUCCAGCUCCUCUUCGGCCUCAAGCCGCUCUGGGAGCUCCAGCACCUCACGCAGCUCCAGUUCCAGCAGCUCCUCUGGAUCCCCCAGCCCGUCCCGACGGAGGCAUGACAACAGGAGGCGGUCCCGCUCCAAAUCCAAGCCACCCAAGAGAGAUGAAAAGGAGCGGAAGCGGCGCAGCCCAUCGCCCAGACCUACAAAAGUGCACGUUGGGAGGCUCACUAGAAAUGUCACCAAGGAUCACAUCAUGGAAAUUUUUUCCACUUACGGAAAGAUUAAAAUGAUUGACAUGCCAGUUGACAGGCUAAAUCCACACCUCUCUAAAGGCUACGCUUAUGUGGAGUUUGAGAACCCAGAUGAUGCUGAGAAAGCCCUGAAACACAUGGAUGGAGGGCAGAUCGAUGGGCAGGAGAUCACUGCCACGGCCGUGCUGGCACCGCGGCCCAGGCCACCUCCUCGGCGCUUCAGCCCACCCAGGAGGAUGCUGCCACCACCACCGAUGUGGCGUCGGUCACCCCCUCGGAUGAGGAGAAGGUCCCGCUCUCCGAGGCGCAGAUCUCCUGUCCGCCGGCGCUCGCGGUCCAGGUCUCCCGGACGAAGGCGCCAUCGCAGCCGCUCCAGCUCCAACUCUUCACGAUAAAGCAAAAAGAAUGGACAGCUUUUUAUUUUUUAACUUAAAUUCCAUGAAAAUAAAUAUUGUACCUUUUUUUAUAAUGGGUCUAGGUGAGGAAGGGAGAGAGGGGGGAGAGAGGAUCCUGGCAGUGAGGGUAAUCCAAGAGGAGGCAGCAGCAGUUCCUGGCCGUUAGCCUCUGCUGUGGGGCUUCUAGUUUCCUGGCAUUUAAUUGACAUUAUUGAAAAAUGGCUUUGAUGAUUUAUUUUUUUUUUUUUUUUUAAUUUUUUUUUAAGGCUAUAAAAUCAACAUCUCUCCUGGAUCGAUGUUAUGGCUUUCUCCAGUUAGCAGACUGCUGCUUGAUGAUUUCUAAGUGCUCAGCAUGCUGUACAGAUGAGCAUGUAAAUCUUGAGCUAUUUUGGAAAUGCUGCAGAAUAGGGCAGGGAGGCAGUGAACCCAAUUGCUGGGAUUGUCAGAGUGGCUGGAGUCCGGAUUACAAAAUUUGUCUGAGACUUAAUGAGCUGUUUGCUUUAUUCCCAUUCCCAAACUAUGAUUAGUUUCUGCAUAUUGACCUUGUGUAAUGCAUAUACCACUUGAACGCUGCAGAGACAGCAGCCCAGCCUGCUGAAUACUGUGCUUUAGAAAAGAAGCUGGAAAUGUUAAGAACGGGUUUGUAGCUGCUGCCCUGGUUGAUUCCUUCCACCUUUUCUUAAAGAUUUUGGUAAGUUUCCUAUUCAGUUCCUUAAGGAAAUGAUGCAAGUGCUUCUGCUUUUACAAAUCUCCAGUUAGCAACCGAUCGUCAACCCCUGCGAGGAAACUGCGAGGCAGAGCGAGGCUGGGGGCUGUGCUGCUGCCUGGGGAAAGGCAAAGAACCACCUGUUGUACAGUCAAUACUAUAAAGUUUUGUUGUUUUUUUCAUUAUUUUUGUGUCGUUUUGUAUCACUUUGUAGCCUUUGGGGCCACGCUGUGUUUGUACUUGUAUAGGACGAGCGACUGAUAAUAAAGCAGUAGAGGUGAGAA